UGUUAGAUAAAUUGUCAUCAACAAAAUAUCAACAUGACAUGAAUCUUAUGGAUAGGUUUACAAAUGUAUAAAUUUGUAGUUUUUUAUUUAUUUCUAACAACGGGAUGUACUGGGACUCUAUAUUUCAUACCUGAGAGUAGAAACUGGAACGAGGCUUCUGAUUAUUGUACAAACGUUCUCACUGGUACCUUACUGGAUUAUGGAUCAGAACUCCUGAACUUCAUAACAUCGUGUAGUAUACAAAAUACCAAAAUAUGGCUAGGAAAACCGUGGCCAGAAUAUCUAGGUUGUAAAGAAGAUAAAUUAGCAUUGUCCAUCAAAUCAAAGAUAGAUAAUAAUCAGAUGGUUGAAUGCCUCGAUUUUUGUCGAGUAUAUUCCUUAUUCGGAGUACAGGGCAAGGCAUGUAUGUGCUUUUCACCCACAGCAAUCUUUAAUUCAAACACUGAAUGUUCAAAAGUAUGUCCGGGAAACAACGCAGAGACAUGCGGAGGAUUCCGAAGUAUGGACACAUAUAGAGUAGUGAACUCGAUGUCUGGAGGAAAUUGUCAAUCUUUAGAUUACAGUAGCUCCGUAUAUUACGCUCUUCAUCCAGAUGUCUGUGACACCAGUUUGUCCUUUAUAUGCAAAGUGUCGACUGAAAGUGCUACCAAUGUUUGCAAUCAUAAAACACAGUAUCAAAUCACAUCUGUUCAGGAGCAGACGACCCACUCAAUAACUGACAUAACUGAAACGACAGGUGCGACGUCAGAAUAUCUGGCAACGACAUCUCAAAGCAACCAAAUAGUAACAAAAUUUACAGAAUCAGAGGAAACAACAGAAUCAGUCACAACUACACAACAUCGUGUUAUAUCAUCUGUAAUACCAACCAUAGUGUCGUCUAGCAAACAAGUAACUACUAUGGGAGACAAAGCAGCAACAUUUUCCAACCAAUUAACAACUGAAGAGGACACUGGAAAUACUUUAGAACCAACUACUAUGUCCCAGUUACAAACAACGGAUCCUUUGCAAAUGAAGAUAGCUUCUUUAGACUGGCUAAUGUUUACUAUUCUCGGAUUUGUCGGUACUGUUCUUAUCAUAUUCGUUGUCUCAUUCUGUGUAAUUAAGAAAAACAGGAAAGUGAAACAUGUUCCAGAAGAAAAGGAUUUUGAAAUAGUUGAAGUAUCUGAAUAUGAUAGAUAUUCCGCAGAUAUGGUAGCACAGGAACAACGAAUUAAAAGAGAAAGAAAAGACAGAAAAAGUCUUGCAAGACGAUUAUCUACAGAAAUGAAAAAGAUGUCCCGUAAUCUUUCCUUUACUCGGUACGAUGUGACAAAACGAGAAGACACGAAUGAUGGAGUUGCUUUAGCCUCCAGUAGCAGUAACAAAAGAAACAUAAAAGGGCGACAGAAUAUCAGUACGCCAGAAUUUGCGAGUGUUAGUUUCAGGCAUCGGCCAAUGGAAAAUCAACCUUUCGAAAACCUGCGGUUUAUGUCGCAGCAUUACGGAGCAGGCCAUAGUAUUAAAUCGUUAUUUGACAAAGCAGAAACAUCACAAGGCAACAAUCCUAGAACAUUACAGAGAAUUAGUACAUUCAAACCAAACUCAGACGAACAAGUCUUAGAGAAAAGCAAUUUCAAACCUAUUGUAACAAUUCGUAAAUUAGAGUAGUCUGUCUUUAAUAACAAAACAAACCUCAUGUUCAGUGGACACUCUCAACUCUCUUCAUGUAGUGACGCAAUAAAUAGCUUACACAAAGAUUGAAUGUAUUUGUUUGCCUUCAAAUAAAAUACUGAAAUUAAGAUUUUGUAAAACAAGGUUACCGUAGUUAAUGAGGAAUGUAUUGUUUAAUCCAAAUGCUAUCGUUACAAUCUUAAAAUAUCAUAAAUGGUUUUCCGUAAUAUUAAUGCAACGUGCGAAUGGACA